CGGCUGGUGUGGGUGUGCGCGGGAGCGAACUUUUGGCUGAACCAAGCGUGUUUGCGGUUAGGCUGGGGAGUUCAGGCCUUCUAGACCUCGAUAGAGGCGGACACGAGCUGGAGUCGAGUUGAGUGUGAAGGGGUUUGAGUUCUCACGGUCGGCUCGAGGCUUGCGAGGAGGGAAGCCGAGGACCCUGGGGUUCUAACUGCCUAGGGUUGGACAGUCUACCUUCUGUUAGUGACUGCUGCGGCUCAUCCAUUGCUGCGUGCCUCAGUUUCCUUUUGAACAACGAAAUGGGUGGUAGGAAAGAACUGGAGUGCCACACCUGUGACUGAGAACCGGAGGACAGAGGUGCAUUGAGAUACCUGUUCUUCAGGGUGCACUGUGUGGUUCCCGCUUGUCACAGUGGUCUCACAUCUGAAACAUGGCUACAGAUUGGCUGGGCAGUAUCGUGUCCAUUAACUGUGGAGACAGCUUGGGUGUCUACCAAGGAAGAGUGUCAGCGGUAGACCAGGUCAGCCAGACUAUUUCCCUCACCCGGCCUUUCCACAAUGGAGUGAAGUGUCUUGUGCCCGAAGUCACCUUCAGGGCAGGUGAUAUCACAGAACUAAAAAUACUGGAGAUCCCAGGUCCUGGAGACAGCCACCAUUUUGGAGACCCUCAUCAGACAGAAUUAGGUCCCUCUGCUGUUGGGUACCAAGUGGGUAUCAAUCAGAAUGGCACAGGCAAGUUGAUCAAGAAGCCGACGUCUUCCAGCAGUGCCCCUCAGAACAUCCCUAAGAGGACAGAUGUGAAGAGCCAGGAUGUUGCCGUUUCUCCCCAUCAGCAGCAGUGCUCCAAGAGCUAUGUCGACAGGCACAUGGAGCCCUUGAGUCAGUCCAAAAGCUUCCGUCGUCGGCAUAACUCCUGGUCCUCUAGCAGCAGGCACCCAAAUCAGGCAACUCCGAAGAAAAGUGGUUUGAAGAAUGGACAAAUGAAGAAUAAAGAUGAUGAGUGCUUUGGAGAUGACAUUGAGGAGAUGCCAGAUACAGAUUUUGAUUUUGAAGGCAACUUGGCCCUUUUUGACAAGGCAGCUGUGUUUGAAGAGAUUGAUACUUAUGAGAGGAGAACCGGUACCCGGUGCCGGGGCAUCCCAAAUGAAAGGCCUGCUCGGUACCGCCAUGAUGAGAACAUCCUGGAAUCGGAGCCCAUUGUGUACCGACGGAUCACAGUGCCUCACAUUGUGAGCAAGGAGUUCUGCACGGACUCUGGCCUGGUGGUCCCGAGUGUUUCUUACGAGCUGCACAAAAAGCUCUUGUCUGUGGCAGAGAGGCAUGGGCUGACCCUGGAGCGGAGGCUGGAGAUGACAGGUGUAUGUGCCAGUCAGAUGGCACUGACCCUCCUUGGAGGGCCCAACAGGCUGAACCCCAAGAAUGUUCACCAGAGGCCCACUGUGGCCCUGCUGUGUGGGCCCCAUGUGCAGGGGGCUCAAGGCAUCAGCUGCGGGAGACACCUGGCUAACCAUGAUGUGCAGGUCAUCCUCUUCCUGCCCAACUUUGUCAAGAUGCUGGAGUCCAUCACCAAUGAGCUAUCUCUCUUCAGCAAGACCCAGGGCCAGCAGGUGUCCAGCCUCAAAGAUCUGCCCACCAGCCCCGUGGACCUGGUCAUCAACUGCUUGGAUUGCCCCGAAAAUGCCUUCCUGCGGGAUCAGCCCUGGUAUAAGGCAGCAGUGGCCUGGGCCAACCAGAACCGGGCACCAGUGCUCAGCAUAGACCCUCCUGUGCAUGAAGCUGAGCAGGGCAUUGAUGCCAAGUGGUCCCUGGCGCUGGGCCUCCCCCUGCCACUGGGGGAGCAUGCAGGCCGUGUCUACUUGUGCGACAUUGGCAUCCCCCAACAGGUCUUCCAGGAGGUGGGCAUCAGCUACCACUCGCCCUUCGGCUGCAAGUUCGUCAUCCCCCUGCACUCUGCCUAAAGUCCUGCUGUCAGCCAAUGACAGAUGCCUUAAGGAUGUGAAGCUUCAUGGGCCUCACUGUACAGUUUUCCUCUUUUGGGUUAGUUCCUCCUGUGAGAUAACAACACACUGAAAACUGGCAUGUCACUUGGCGGCAGUUGAGCACCAAACACCUCUGCCCGCAGGGUUUGUUUACAGACACAGGCAGCUCUGACUGCUCAGGUUUACAGCACGGGCAGCAGGACCUCUUGAGACCUGGGCUCUGUACCUGCACUGAUGGCAGUGGCCUGCGUGUCCAGCCAGCAGCCCUUCUUGUGAUGGUCAUGUGCCACCUGUCCAGCAGAGGGUAGUCACGAAGGGCUUUUGUCCCUUUCUUCUGAGCCAAGCCAGGUAUUAUGCUGGGUUUUUCCUAGUUCUACUCCAACUCUGAGUGGUGGGGACCAAGGUCUCAGGAUGUAUCACCAUGAUGGGAUCUGUUGGCUGGCUGCGGUCUUUCGCACAGCUUGUUACUGGGGAACCAUAGUGUCCAUAUUGCCAGCAGUGCCCACCCUGGCUGGUGGCUGAGUCAGGCCAAAGUGCUUAGGAUGCAGCUUUAAGGAUCAGGAUGGGGGCGCCCAGGGCAACCUGGUGCUGCAGGAGGCAGCUCCUGCUGCUUGUUCUGGCCCCCACCCUGCAUCAUCCACACACUCCUACCCCGUCCUUCGACCCCCUCUGCCUGCCCCUCGGAAAGCUCCCCCACAGCUGCCCUCCCAGCAUAGGGCUGUGUCCCUCUCCUCUUGGGUUCCUCCCCAUCCCUUUGGUCUGCACUUGGCUCUUCUGGGUGUCACUCUCAUGUGUAGGCUUUGGGGUAGCAGCCUGUCUCAGAGAUGCCCAAACAAGGUCUGGGUCCAGAUGGGCCCAUUUGUGGGCAGCACAAUCCGAUCCCAGAUGCCCAGACCCCAGAACCUACCUGAACCUGUACCAGAGGCGGGUGGGACAGGUCAAGCCUGGAGCCCUGGUGGGGCCCCUUGCAAGUGCAUAGGAUUUCAGGCUCCUUUUGCUCUGCUCACAGUGGCUGAGGGGAAGGUGGGAGGAAUGGGUUGGGGGCAGGGAUGGCCUGGCUAAGGAUUUUGGUUAUGGAGAAGGCUGUGGUGCUAGGGUUUGGGAUGCCUGUCAUUUUGUCACAGGCAGUGAGCACGUGCAGACAGCUGGCUGUACAAUCCCUCCACUAUGGUCUCCAGUGGUGGGAGGCCAGGGACCAGUGCAGUGUGCUCUGCCUCUGCCCACCCUUGAGUGGGCCCUUAUUCAUAGGCAGCGCCAUAGUCCAGCCCAGGUGACCAGCAUUAACAGCCAGCCAUUCUAGGUCCUGGACUGACAGGUCUCCUGUUGGGUGUGAUGGAUGAGCUAGAACCCUGAUCAGACAACUGGUAAUGCCAGUGCAUUGUCCCUGGGUGAUGGCUUUGUUGAGGGACCACCAGGAGUUGAUGCCGAGGCCUCUUUUCUUCUCCGGAGGCCUGGGAACUUCCUUGCCCUCCAUCUGGGCUGCCCCAGAGGUAUUAAGAUGGGCAGAGUUCCUCAGUAGCCAGACCCCAAAAGGCUCUGACAGACCAUGCCUGAUACUUGUGCAGCUGUUGGGAAACCGAAACCAAAACCAGCACUACAAUAAAGUUGAACUAGCAAGUUC